AUGUCAGCAACUACAACAGCCACAACCGCAGCAACCACACCUCCAUCAACCGCACCUGCAGCACCCUCAACUCUAGCAACCACAAUCCCAGCACCCACAACCAUAGCAACCACAAUCCCAGCACCCACAACCGCAGCAACCACAAUCCCAGCAACCACAACCGCAGGACCCACAACCGCAGCAACCACAAUCCCAGCAACCACAACCGCAGGACCCACAACCGCAGGACCCACAACCGCAGGACCCACAACCGCAUCACUCACAACCGCAGCACUCACAACCGCAGGACUCACAACCGCAGGACCCACAACUGCAGGACCCACAACCGCAGGACCAACAACCGCAGCACCCACAACCGCAGCACCCACAACCGCAGCACUCACAACCACAGGACCCACAACCCCAGGACCCACAACCCAAGGACCCACAACCGCAGGACCCACAACCGCAGGACCCACAACCGCAGGACCCACAACCGCAGGACCCACAACCGCAUCACUCACAACCGCAGCACUCACAACCGCAGGACUCACAACCGCAGGACUCACAACCGCAGGACCCACAACCGCAGGACCCACAACCGCAGCACCCACAACCGCAGCACCCACAACCGCAGAACUCACAACCGCAGGACCCACAACCGCAGGACCCACAACUGCAGGACCCACAACUGCAGGACCCACAACCGCAGGACCAACAACUGCAGGACCCACAACCGCAGCACCCACAACCGCAGCACCCACAACCGCAGAACUCACAACCGCAGGACCCACAACCGCAGGACCCACAACUGCAGGACCCACAACCGCAGGACCAACAACCGCAGCACCCACAACCGCAGCACCCACAACCGCAGCACACACAACCACAGGACCCACAACCCCAGGACCCACAACCCCAGGACCCACAACCGCAGGACCCACAACCGCAGGACCCACAACCGCAGGACCCACAACUGCAGGACCCACAACCGCACCCACAACCGCAGCACUCGCAACCACAGGACCCACAACCCCAGGACCCACAACCCCAGGACCCACAACCCCAGGACCCACAACCGCAGGACCCACAACCGCAGGACCCACAACCGCAGGACCCACAACCGCAGGACCCACAACUGCAGGACCCACAACCGCAGCACCCACAACCGCAGCACCCACAACCGCAGCACUCACAACCACAGGACCCACAACCCCAGGACCCACAACCCCAGGACCCACAACCGCAGGACCCACAACCGCAGGACCCACAACCGCAGGACCCACAACCGCAGGACCCACAACCGCAGGACCCACAACUGCAGGACCCACAACCGCAGGACCAACAACCGCAGCACUCACAACCGCAGGACCCACAACCCCAGGACCCACAACCCCAGGACCCACAACCGCAGGACCCACAACCGCAGGACCCACAACCGCAGGACCCACAACCGCAGCACCCUCAACCGCAGCACCCUCGACCGCAGGACCCACAACCGCAGCACCCACAACAGCAUCACCCACACCUGCAGGACGCACAACCACAGGACCCACAACCGCAGUACCCACACCUGUAGCACCCUCAACCGCAUCACCCAAUACUGCAGAACCAAAAACCGCUGAACCGACAACCACAUCACCCUCAACUGCAGCACCCACCACCCCAGCACCCACAACCCGAGCACCCACCACUGCAGCACCCACAGCUGCAGCACCCACAACUUCAGCAACCACAACUUCAGCAACCACAACUGCAACACCCACAACUUCAGCAACCACAACUUCAGCAACCACAACUGCAACACCAACAACCCCAGCAAGGACAACCCCAGCACCCACAACCACAUCUCCCACAACAGUGAUAUCCACAUUGCCGUCAAGUAUGACAACAAUGUGUGACUCACAAACGCAAGAUGGUGGUUGUGGCUUCCUGGACUUCACAAGCAGAUGGAGCAAGGGCAGUGGCAUGAAUUCUGGUGUAAGCCAGUUGAGUGGUGGAUUCACAGGCGUGGAGACUAUCUACUUUGCCUCUCCGCAAGGUGCACCUGUGCCCAAUCUCUCCGGUUAUGUGUUCAACUUGCCAUGUACAGUCAGGCUGGUAUUGCAGCAAAAUGCAUCCGGUGCGUGCAUGGCUGCUUCACUAAAUUCCCUGCCUUCAUUCAGUGUUGCUGGUGGACUCUGUUCUCCAUCUAUAUCAGUACUUCAAGCUGAUGUAACGGACAGUCUAUUUAGAGCUAAUCAAGUUCAGCUGGGAGGAAGCAGUGACCCAGUAGAUGUCAUUCAUUUGCUCAAUGUAACAUCACUCGCAGCUGGAAACACUCUAAAUCUGUGGAAUGCUACAUCAUCAUGCAAAGUCACAAAUGAAACUUUGGUACCAACAACCCAAGCCGCAAUGACUCAAGGACCAACAACGCAAUCACCAACAACUCAAAUACCCACAACACAAGCACCAUCAACCCAAGCGCCAACAACCCAAGCACAAACAACACCAGCACAAACAACACAAGCCGCAAGUCCAACAACACAGCCACCAUCAACACAAUCACCAACAACACAAGCACCAACAACUCAAGCACCAACAACUCAAGCACCAACAACACAAUCACCAACAACUCAAGCACCAACAACUCGAGCACCGACAACACAAGCACCAACAACUCAAGCACCAACAACUCAAGCACCAACAACACAAGCACCAACAACUCAAGCACCAACAACACAAGCACCAACAACGCAAGCACCAACAACUCAAGCACCAACAACUCAAGCACCAACAACACAAGCGCCAACAACCGAAUUGCCAACAACUCAAGUUCCAACAACCCAAGCUCCAACAACUGGAGCUGCAACAACCCAGUCUUCCACAACCAAUGAUAGAGCAACCCCUCUGGGAACUGCUCAACCACCAACAUCGGUACCUUCCGGUAUAACAUUCACAUGUGAUGCACAAGACGAUAGCUGCAUAUUCCUCAACUUUACCAGUGGCUGGACAAAGGAAAUUGGCAUGAAUUCUGGUUUAAGUCAGCUGAAUGGUGGGAUAAGCGGAACGAUGAACACAGAGACGAUCUUCUUUUCUCCCCCGGAUGGUGUACCGGCACCUGGCUACCCAGGCUUUGUCUUCAACCUGCCCUGCACAGUUCAGUUGACCUUGCAACAAAGUGCCACUAGCUGCACAAAUGCGCCUUUGCAGCAUCUUCCACCAUUUAGUCUAUCUGGUAGUCCAUGCACUGCAGCAGUGCUGACAGCUGUUGUCACCAACAAACUAUUUCAAGCAAACCGCAUCACACUGGCUGGAGGUAGUACACCUAUAGGUGUCAUUCGACUGCUCAAUGUAACAUCGCUUGCCAUGGAAAACACUCUAACUCUGCUGAAUGCCUCGUCUUCAUGCAGUGUGGUUAGAGAGACUACAACAGUGAUAUACUACUCCUGUUCAGGAGAGCAGAAUGCAACAUCAUUUACGUACACGUGCAGUAGUGCUGAUGGUCCAUGUCACAUUCCGCUGAAAUGUACAAACGUUACAUCAUGCCGGAGCAAUGGAACUCAAGGAUAUAGUUUUGACAUACUGUUCCAGUGUCCAGUGACUGGCAGGAACAUGACAGCACAAUGUAGAAAUGAAAGCAGCCCAAUAGCUGGUGGCUCUGGUUUUGGCUGUAGUAAUGAACCACCAACACUGCCUAGCGGAUGUGCUGCUGCAUCACUGCCCCGUCUUAACAGCAAUUCUGGAAAUUUGUCUCAACUCAAUGGAAGUCAUGUGAAUAUCACGUGUUACAAGAAUUUUAGAUGUCUUGGUCGGGAAUCCGUGGUUGUGUCAUGUGCGGAGUUUCAAGGAAAUUGCUGUCAGCCAUUGCUAUGUUCAAUUCUCCGUCCGCUGUCCAAUGGUGCCUAUGCACCAGCAAUGUUCUCAAGGCGUGUGGGUAGCUCUGUCACAGUACAAUGUGUGAGUGGAUACCGGGUAUCAUUCCUGUCAGCACUGCCUCCAGAUCCACCAACAACUAGUAUCAACCUUACUUGCUUGGAAUCAGGCAGUUGGUCAUCGUCUGAUCCUAUUUGUCAGGUUAUUGAUUGUGGAACACCACAGAAUCAAACAUUGUCAGUGCCUGGGGAAAUGUACGCCACAUCAUUGUCAUCAAGUGGAAGUUCCAGCCUGGGCAGUGUCAUGAUGUAUGAGUGCCCGCAGAGCUUGGUAAUCAAAGGAAGCCAACCAGCAGUGAACAGAAGUAGCAUAACAUGUCAACUGAGUGGUAAUUGGACAGGUGCAGUGCCAAUAUGUAAUGAUAUAUCCUCUCCCACUGUAGCGGCAACAACACAAUCAACCACACAACAAACUACACCAACAGCAACGGCAAUGGCAACAGCACAGACAACCCAGGUAUCAACCACAUCACCUCCCACAUCACAAGCUGCUACCACAGUGGCACAGACCACGCAAAGACAAACAACAGCAGGAGGAAUGACAACGCAACUAUCCACAACCCUGGCACCAACAACUCGAGCAUCCACGACCCAGGCACCAACAACUCUAGCUCUCACAACACAGGUAUCAACUAUGCAAGUGUCCACAACACGAGCAACGCAAGCACUGAGGACUAUUCUGCCACGCACAGCUACAGCUCAAACAUCACGACCCGGCACAGGAACACAAGGUCGAACAGCUCAAACACAGUCAACUGGAUCAGCAUCAACUUCAUCCUCAGCAUCAUCUCUUCCAGCAUCAACCUCCACAAUGGAAGUUCAAACAUCCGUAGGAGUAGUGGGGCCUGCUGCAAGUUCAGGAAACACAUUGGCAAUAGGAGUAGGAGCAGGUGUUGGUGGAGUACUGCUGGUGUUGGUCAUUAUCAUCAUUCUGAUUGUCCUGAUCAGGAGAAGGACCGGAGGUGGAAAUGAAUCCGCAGUGGCAGGUGGGAAGAGCACAUCGCCAAGCAUCAGAAGUAGCUUCUCCUCAAUCAAAGCUAGAGACAACUAUGACCAGGUGGUUCUGUCGAAUUAUUCAACUGUAAGGGAAGAAGAAGAAGGUAGACGACCUAUGAAAAAUGCCCUGUCUAAUCAACCAACAUUGGAGAUGGUGGAAUCUACCUUCUCACCGGGCUCCCAAGAGACCAGAAGUGGCAGUGCAGGUGACAAAUUCGCCACAACAAUAUUGUAUCAUGAUAUAGGUCCAGCAUCUGUUGAGAAGAAUACACCAUAUUACUCACCUAUUGCGGCAGUGAGCGGGACGUCAUCAACCGAAACAACUUCAAAUCCUUCGGCGUUAAUGGGUGCACCUGCAUACGAGGAGAUGGCUCCAAUAGGCAAGACAGAGGAACAGAAUACAUCACAAGUUGCUGCUUCAGUGCCUCCAGCAUUAGUGGGCGCAUAUGCGUACGAGGAGAUGGCUCCAUUGGGAAAGAAGAAGGAACAGAAUGCCGUUGAUGCUGCAGUGUCUCCAGCAUUAAUGGGUGCAUCCGUAUACGAAGAGAUGGCUCCAUUAGGCAAGAAGGAGGAACAGGAUACAUCACAAGUUGCUGCUCCAACGUCUACCAAUAUGUACCAACCACUGGGUCCUGCUGGCGCGACAGAGCAAUACCAAAGUAUAACUCCUGCCCAGGAUGAGAGAGUACCUACUGAGAGCAUGACGUCAUCCAAGCCUACAUCCAUGUAUGAAGAGGCCGCACCAGCAAGCAGGAUAGAGCAAUACGAAACACUCAUUCCUGACGUUCAACGAAAGAACAUGGACAACAGGAUACCAUACUCUACACCAAUGCCUGCAAACACUGCCAGUGUGUAUCAAACAGUGGGAGAUGGAAGUCAGAAGGAGCAAUACCAAUCACUCAUGCCAGAUGUACGCAGGUCAGUAACAGACAAUGCUUCCAGCAGUGUACCUACAGCAUCGACUGUUUACCAGGAUUUGAACGUAAUGAGCAAACAGGGACAAUACCAAUCACCAACUCCUCCACGAUUGAGAAAGCCGUCGCAUGAUCAAGCAGGGAGUUCAUCGCCGCCUGCGUCUGGAGGUGCUUCCGACCGCUUACCAAGAUCCACACAGUCCAAGCAAGUGUCUGCACAAGCCCAGAGAAGCAAGUUGGCACAAUAUACUCAAGAAGUUAGGGCAGUGUCUCUUUCCUCUGCAACUAACCAGCCACCCAACAGGGGGUCCCGUGUUCAAGGCAAUGCCUCACCAGCAAACCCUGGGAGCACUGUCUAUCAAGCUCUAGGAACAGAACCCCAGGAACACCUGUAUGAAUCGUCUAUAGUUCCCAAGCCCAGCAACACAACACAGGAAGCUGGUCUUGCAGCGGCGCCCACAGGUGAUUACCAAGCAAUAUUGGCAGCAUACGUGCAAACGUCUGAUUACGAGCAGCCACAGAAGCACGAGAAAUCACCAUCAUGAAUACAGUGUGUUAUCCUGUUGUUUGCAAUGAAUGAACUAUUGGCAUGAACUGUGUAUGACACACACACAGUGGCAAUCUCAUAAUAUCACUAUCAGUUUGUGAUUGUUGCUAGUCUGCACAUGGCAAAGCUGGAUAGAUACCCCGCAAUUCUAUUGAUGAAGAAGUGUAGGGAUAGUGCUACAAGUACAACUGACGUUUUGAUAGAACACAAUUUUAAAUGCUUUGGUGUGAACUAAAACUGGCUUCUUCAUCGUGCGAAUAUUGACCAGAAUAUGGUGAUUGCUUGUACGAGAGCGCUACACAGUCAACUAACAGCUUUUUUUCCAAUUACUAUUUGCGGAUUUAUGUUGUGGGCUAUUCACAUAAUAUUCUGAAAUUAAGCCCUGAGGUAAUUUUGAUAUCAUCUUUUUACUCCUCUUAUUUCAUAGCCUGAUAUACAUGGAUUUCAAUCAUAAAAAUAUCUAGUAAUAAUACUUCCGAAAGAAGGGUCAGUCACCCCUCAUCAGAAUGAUUCCCUUUGCUUUCCUUUAGUAAAUUAGUAUCACCUCAGUAGCCUAAUCUCCUGUAUACCAUUCAUUUCCGUAUGUUUCGUUGUGCGGACAAGCAGUUUCUUGUGACCGACUUGAAGGAAAACUAUCUAGCUUACAAUA